GCAGAUCCAAGCGGAGAAGCUGCGUCGUGGCCUGACCCUGUCCGUCCUCUCCGGUCGGCGAGAGCAAGAAGAGAUCCCGCGCCGUCCUCUUCUCCACCUCCACCUCCACCCAUGGCGGCCUCCACCUUCAGCGGCGACGAGACGGCGCCCUUCUUCGGCUUCCUCGGCGCCGCCGCCGCGCUCGUCUUCUCCUGCAUGGGCGCCGCCUACGGGACGGCCAAGAGCGGCGUCGGCGUCGCCUCCAUGGGCGUCAUGCGCCCCGAGCUCGUCAUGAAGUCCAUCGUCCCCGUCGUCAUGGCGGGAGUACUCGGCAUCUACGGCCUCAUCAUCGCCGUCAUCAUCUCCACCGGGAUCAACCCCAAGGCCAAGCCCUACUUCCUCUUCGACGGCUACGCGCACCUCUCCUCCGGACUCGCCUGCGGCCUCGCUGGCCUCGCUGCCGGCAUGGCCAUCGGCAUCGUCGGAGACGCCGGAGUUAGGGCGAAUGCACAGCAGCCAAAGUUGUUUGUGGGCAUGAUUCUGAUCCUUAUCUUCGCAGAAGCUCUUGCUCUGUACGGUCUCAUCGUCGGUAUCAUUCUCUCAUCCCGUGCAGGCCAAUCUCGCGCCGAUUAGAAGGCUUGAUAUACGCCACACUGAGUCAUCUGCCAUUGUAUUCAAAGUGUUCUUUUCUCGGUGAACAAUGUGAGGGAUCAUGUUGAGCCUGUUCCACCUUUGUAACAUUAUAUUGCUAUUAUGUGAAGACAAACCUAGCUAGCUGUUGCAGUUAUGCUGUUGUACUUGUAUUUGUUUGAAAAUAAUAGGCAGCGAGCCCCGGAUGUGAUGAAUAAUAAGCAAGCUGGACUAGUUGU